AGAGUGACUUACGACCGUUUUUCUCACUUAACGACCAUUGCAGCAUCACCUGAUCAAAAUUCAGACACUUGGCAACUGACUCACACUUAUGACGGUCGCAGUGUCCUGGGGUCCUGUGAUCCCCUUUCGCGACCUUCUCACAAGGAAAGCAAACAGGGAAGCCAGAUUCACCUCACAACCAGGUUACUAACUUAUCAACUGCAGUGAUUCGCUUAACAACUGCCACAAAAAGAGUCGUAAAAUGAGGCAAAACUCACUUAAUACAUGUCUCGCUUAGUAAUAGAAAUCUUGGGCUCAAAUGCAGUCGUAAGGCGAGGACCACCUGUGUGUAAGCUAAGCCUGGUGGAGAAACUACAAACGCACCCUGGAGAGCCCGCCAAAAGGGAAACCGAGUCCGGAAGUCGCUGUCCAUCUUUCCAAAGUCCUGAGUGAUCCCACAAAUAUGUUUUCUUAGGAAGAACGUAAAGGGCGAUGUGCUAGACUUUGUUGUAGGGGCACCACAAGUGCCUCAAUGACUAGCCUCCCCCCCACAAGUCUCCAGAAAGACAGAGAGAGCAAAGGGAAGAUGCCGUCACAGCACUGAGGUCAACCAAGGGGAAAAUUCAUGUCCAGUGGGCAAAGUUUUCAUGGCCUUUGGGAGAGGCCGGGUCAGCUGACCUCACCUGCAGCUCUGCCUCUGCCCCAGGUCAGAUUGGAGCCACGGACCAGUUUCCCCAGUUCCACCAGCUUGGAAUUUUGCCAGGGGCUGAGAAGCCAUCAAAAGAUCCUUUGAGGACAAGGAUUGGGCAAACAUCUCCUUAUCUUCUUGAUUCUUCCUUCAAGUGCUUCCUUUGAACUUUCACCCCGCUGUGCUGUCGGGCGGAUACUUGACACCAUCCCAGUCCUCAAGUGUGCUGAGCUCUGGAAGGGCUCUCUGUGGUCAAGGGGGCGACUUAGGAAGCUGGGCUGGCUACCGAGGAGAGCGGACAUGUUUCCUUGUCCUCUGAGGUGGGCAGAGCACAAACAAAGCCCUGUGGGAUUCUCUGGGCACCCCAUUUCUAGCAGAACGUGGGCAGAUGAAUACGGAUUCAGAAGAAGGUAACAGAGACGCGAGGAAAGGACUGAUGGAGACCGAUUGGAGAAAUAGAUCAGCUAUUUAAGGCGAAGAAGAAGAAAAGACUCAGAGAAAACAAGAUGGCGGCGUUGAGGUAGAAAAACGAACCGACAAACAAGAUGGUCAAGAAGUUAUAUUCCACAUCCACAAGAACUAAACUGGAUUAAAUUUGGAUUAAUCCAAAUUUGGAUUAAAAAAUUAAGAUCCAGGUUGCAAUCAGCAGGAUUAAAUACAGGGAAUCCUCGACUUAAACAACCGUUCAUUUAGACGGUCUCAGGCCGUACUAUUAAAAGCUGUGGGUGUGCCUGCUUGGUUUUCUGGCUUGUUGAAGAGAGUGAUUUGGAUGGGCUUUGUGGUCCUUUGCUGGGCUACGUAAUUUCCGAACCACACUUAUGACUAGGUUGACCUUCAGGAUCCAGGACAGUGGCUGAACUUCCUCGGGGGAUCCUUCCAUCUCUAUGGAUCCACCACUCAAAGGUUCACCACAAAUUGGAUCCACCAUAAAUCGAGUGACAAAAGGGUGUUGCUUCUCCUAGCAUCAGCCUCUCCGGGUUGCUGACUUGGAGACUGCGCGUCAUUUGUCGCCCUGGAGCUUUAUGGAAGGACUGGGGAGAAGGUGGGCCUGGCUGACCGUCUUGAUUUUGUACACACCCUCUGAAAACACCUCGAUGAUGCCUGUAGGCCUCCCCGGAUGAGUUGUUUCUUUUCCCCUCCUUUUGAUCCGAGGUUGACAGAUCCGGACCUGCUCUGACGAAGUUUGAACUUUUCUAGCUGUCACGUAAAAAACAACAACUCUUGGGCUGACUUGUGACGCUCAUAGCAUUUUGUUCAGCGCUGAAGGCAGAGCCACCGCAAGCUGGGGUGGACUACAACUCCAUUGCCCUGUAAGCCUCCACUGGUUGGGCUUCCUCUGGAAUUCUGGGAAGUGGAGUUAAUCAGCUGGAGGGGGCUGGACUAGAAGACCUCCAGGGUCCCUCCCAACCCAAGGACUGUACAGUUUCUUGUCCGAUUUGCUGUUCCAUCCAGGAAAGGAGGAAGACACCGCAGCCUCUUCAGGAUGGCCUGUCCGCUUGGAGGCAGCAGCCCCGUCCUUCUCCUCUGCGGUAGGUCCUCGCCUUAAAGAUGGCGGAGAGGGAAGGGGUGGACGAAGGAAAGGACGAGGCAAAACCAGCGGAGGCAAAGAAGGGGAACAUUUUCCAGAUCUAGGGGUUAACUCCAUUUGUUCAGGGAAUAUUAUUCCAACAGCCCAGAUUAAGAAGAAUUGCCAAGAGGAAGAAGUGUGUUUGGAGUUUUACAGAUCAAUAAAAAAAUAUUUAUAGCUCAGGAUGGAAUUGGGGGGUCCUGGUUGCUCUUUGGGCUUGGUGAUUUCCGUGCAGACGUUUCAUGACCCAGCCAGGUAACGUCAUCAGCAAUGCUACCUCGUUUGCUGAUGAAACAUCUGCCACAACACAACCCAGCCCAGAGAGCACCCAGGAGUCCCGACACAGCCCAGCCUCAUGUAAUCCAAGAGCUGCACAAUUUUGCUCCCUCUCCUGCUUGAGCAGGGGGGGUUGGAAUAGAAGACCUCCGAGGUCCCUUCCUUCAGAGGCGAUGGCUACCCUCUUGGUCUCCCUUCCAGUUCUAGUCUUUGCCAGCGCCAAUUUGAUCCAGUUUGGCCACAUCAUCGAGCACUUGACCGGAAGACACCCCCUGAUUUACAACGGCUACGGCUGCUACUGCGGGCUGGGCGGUUCCAGGCAGCCGGUGGACGCCACCGAUUGGUGUUGCCAAGUUCAUGACUGCUGCUAUCAGGCCCUGUCGCGGCGCCACUGCAAACCCAAAAUGGAGAAAUAUUUCUACUCGGUCAGGAAAGACACCGUCACUUGCGGUGGGGAAACUGAAUGCCGGAGGGAAACCUGUGAGUGUGACAAAGCUGCAGCCCUUUGCUUCCGCCACUCGAAGUUUCAAGACCAGUACAUCGGCUACCGUAACCGCCUGUGCGAAGGACCCACACCGCCGUGCCAGGGGGUCUGCCCCUGCUGGGCCCCCACGAAGGGGGGCUGAGGCUGGCCCCCCCGAAACUGCCCCGUCCCUGCA